AUGGCACCUGCAAUACUGCACCGUAUCAUCCAUGGCUCCCCAACUCCAGAGCCAUGGCAACAAUCUCUCAUCGCCAGUCGCCCUGCGCUGCUACCUGGCUACCGCCGCCAUCGCGUCCACAACGCCGACUAUCCCGCUCUGAUCGCGUCAGAAACUCCAGAUUUAGCCCCCGUUAUCGGUGUUGUAGUGACCGGAAUCACAGAAGGCGACGUGUUUCGACUCGAUAAGUUUGAAGGGUCCGAGUACGAGAAGCGGGCGGUGCGCGUCAAGGUUAUCAAAAACAUCAACGAGACGGAUCCAAGCCAAGAAGGCGAUGGCAGCUUGCACCAUGCCCUGGAUCAGACUGCUCGUGCGGGGCUUGAUGAGAGGGCGUAUCAGGAAAUGGAGGAGGUUGAGGCAAUGACAUAUGUGUGGAUAGCUCCAACGGAGAAUUUGGAUUUGGCACAGGAGUGGGAUUUUGAGCAGUUCAAGAAGGAGAAGAUGAAGUGGUGGGUUGAAGCGGAUGAGAGCGAGUUGUAA